ACAGAUAUUUCCCAUCAGAAUUUUCAUUUCUUGGAAUAAAAUACAUUUUCCGUCAGAAUAUGUCAGAUACAGAGCUGUGCCAGGUCUCCAGGGUGUCCUAAAAAGACAGAGGAAAAAAUUCAGUAGAAAAAGAGUAACUGCCAACAGAGAAAUAUUUGGUUCUGCCCUACAGUUCCGCCGUACUGGAGAAAAGCUUUUCCUGGGGUGGAAAAUGAGAGCAAAUUUCACUCUAUAGAAACUGCAGAACUCUUCCUGCCAGAUGGCUGCAGUAAGUCCCGGAUCUGCACAUUUUCCAGGGGUGAACACGUUUCAGACAUACCUCAAGGAACCAGCUUGUUGUUUCAUAGAGCGAGUGAAACAAGUGACGAAUGGCUGCGCAUGUAGCAUGGAGCCAGCUCAGCAAAGGGCUUCCUAUCAUUAAAAUACAUCUGCCUCUGUUCUGAGCGGGACAUCACCGCCCUCCAAAUCUUGGAGUAUUUCCUUAUGCACAAUAGCAGCAGAACUAGUCCAUGUGUCUCAACCCAUCAAAUCCUGUUCCUCUUGAUCAUAUGGAUUAAAUCAGCUACAGUGAGGAACAUCAGUCCAGCACCUCUGGCCUGAAACUGGGGGGUUCCAAGCAGUGGAACCGAUCGUGAAAAUGCAGCGAGGUGCAGAUGGGUGCUCACAGCUGCACAUGCUGAUGUUUAUUUACAUCAGCGAGACGAGGCUUGGUGUGCUUCUCCAUGAACCGCUAUGACCAGGACGGGCCCUGCUCCUCGGGAUGCAGGUGGAACGCCUGGCAGCCCCUCGGCUCUAUCCUCUACCUGCAGCCGAGCGAUGCAGGAGCGUGGCUGUGACUACAGAAGCGUACGGGCUUUGCACGUGCCGCUGUCCUUCGCCCUACUCCGGCUCGGAUCGGUGCGGGCACGGCUCCAGCCGCCUGCCCCGCGUAAGGCCGUGCCCCCGCCCGCACCUCUUUGGUGGAGCCGUCCGCGUUAGUGGUGCUGGGGUCGCGCUCGCCCCGGGUUCCAGAGGUGACACAGGUGUGCCCGGACAGCUCGGGCACAGGGUGUGAUGGCGUGCUUCCGCGCCUCGGCCCAGCGAGGCUGUGAGCGAUGCACCCUGAGCCCCCAGACUCCUCUUCCAUUUGCGUCGCUCUCCGUUUUCCCCCGGCUGCCUCUGUGCUCUGUCAUCGAGUCCUUGGCGCCCAGCGGCUGGUCGAGUGGCAAUUGGGCGGCCCCAGGAGCCGCGGUCCGCCCCGCUCACACGGUGCCCGAGCCGCAGAGCGAGCAGCAGCGCCGCGUCCUCGCCGCCCACCCCGCCAUGCCCAACUUCGCCGGCACCUGGAAGAUGAGGAGCAGCGAGAAUUUCGACGAGCUCCUUAAAGCGCUGGGUGUCAACGCCAUGCUCAGGAAGGUGGCGGUGGCGGCCGCCUCCAAACCCCACGUGGAGAUCCGCCAGGACGGGGACCAGUUCUACAUCAAAACUUCCACCACUGUCCGCACCACGGAGAUCAACUUCAAAAUCGGGGAGAGCUUCGAGGAGGAGACGGUGGAUGGCCGAAAAUGCAGGAGUUUGGCCACUUGGGAGAAUGAAAACAAGAUCUAUUGCAAACAAACUCUUAUUGAGGGAGAUGGUCCUAAAACAUACUGGACUCGAGAAUUAGCUAAUGAUGAGCUGAUUUUGACCUUUGGUGCUGAUGAUGUUGUGUGCACAAGAAUUUAUGUAAGAGAGUAAAAACAUCCAUUUACUUGUCACCUGGGAUGAAGUGGAGAGCUGGAAAGCCCCAGUAGAAUGAGUAUUUGUGUGUGCUGUUACUGAUGCGGUGUUGUAUGUGACCGUGUGUGUUAUAUCUGAAUCUGUAUCCUGUUAAGUGUAUUUUACUUUAUUUUUCAUCACAGAUGUUACUCCUUUCUCACUUUUAUGCGGUCAUUUUUUUGCGUCUGCUUUGUAUUCUGUAGUUGUCAUUUGCAAUGGUUUUACCAAUUAUUAAACUUAU